AUGGCACCCGGAACUGGUAAAGCUAUGAAAAAGACGUCGCCGGGCAAAGCGCAGAAAAGCGUCGUUGCCAAGCCAAGUGGCGGCAACAGGAAGCGCAAGACCAAGAGGCUCCAAACGUACGGCAUCUACAUAUACAAAGUGCUGAAACAAGUGCACCCCGAUACCAGCAUCUCGUCAAAGGCCAUGAGCAUCAUGAACAGCUUCGUCAACGACCUUUUCGAGCGCAUCGCCAGCGAGGCCAACCGUCUGGCCCAGUACAACAAGCGCAGGACGAUCUCCAGCAGAGAGAUCCAGACGGCCGUCCGGCUUUUGUUGCCCGGCGAAUUGGCCAAGCACGCGGUCAGCGAAGGCACCAAGGCCGUGACCAAGUAUACCAGCUCCAAAUAA